UUUAUUUGUCUCCUAGGGUAACUCUCACGGAGACCUCACGUUUCUCUACUUCUCACAUGUUUUGCUUAAAAAGGGAAAUUAGAUUUUAUUAUUUUUAACCUAUAGACUAUUGCCACUUAUUUGAUUGUUGGGAACUCCUUAAACUUCACUCGCAAAUAUUUCCUUCCUGCCUAAACUGUCGUAUUUCGUUGACAACAUAUGUCAUGGGAGUUCACCCAUUCUCCAUGUGCCUGACAUUGUGCCGCUGUAAUAGAGAAGGAAGUUGUUUUUUUUUUUGUUUAUUGCAUGUCUCCAGUCUUCCCCCACCCCCAUCCCCCACUUGCUGGGUGACGACAUGGGAUAACCAUUUUAUAUCAAGCCUCUCUGGACAUUUCACUGUCGGCUCUGCAUUGUCUGGAGACAGAUGAGUUAUCAAGUAAUCACAUUUCACAAGUGCUUUCAAGAUUUGGAAAGGGAAAACCAAAUAAAAGCCAUUCUUUCUCAGGCUCAUUACUAUUUAUUUUUGAUAUUGUUAUUUUGAUAACAUGCACUUGGAAACUUCUUCGACUCCAGGGAUCCAAAUCUAGCAUUGGAUGAAACUCUUGGUCAGUCGAAGGCAAAGAGACUUGGAAGUAUGGCGUCGUUGAAUCGUGCGGACUCCUUCCGUAAUUCUUCCGGCUCAGGACUAGGAGAGUCCAUGGGUCACAGUCUGCAUAUCAACCCGAAAAGAACGAGAACUCCUCGCUUUGCUUCCAUGCCAUAUCAAAGCAACCAAUUUGACAGCGAGGAUUCGAUCACAACAUCCCUGGUGGACUCUGGAAACACAACAGAUGAGAAUUUCGAUGCAGAGUCUGCUCCACUUUUGGGGAACUCCAGGACGUUUUCCACUUCACUGACCUCGACCUAUACCGGCAGCAGUGCUGAACUCACGGCGUCUCUUCGUGAGAAAAUCCACAGCGCCGUGGACUCGUGCCACGGACUGAGCAAAUGGACAAUUUUAAAGUACCUUAAAAUACUGAGCCUCUUUGUCAUCACCAUACUGUGUUGUGCUGUCAUAGUGUCCAAUCCAGAAGAGCACGAAGUGGACAAAAUAACUGUGUUACACAAAGAUCAGGAAGUUCAGUUAUUUAAAGAUAUUGGCACUGUUGACAUGCCUAACGUACGACUUAAGGUGAUGGGGCCUUUUUACGACCCUGACCUUAAUAUUACUGGGAAUAAUACGGAAAUAUUUCUUAGGGGACAGUCUGAGAGCAAGAUCAAUCUAACAAUCAACAACACAGCACUUGAAACUGGUGCAAAUAUUCUAGUCACAAGUGAUUUAUUUUGUCAUGGAAAUGACAGCUGUGUUCUGAGCGUGCGCUCUGAUUUGCAGAUCGCCAUUGGUUGGGUCACGCAGGAGUUGUCAUGGCAACUUGAAAAUGAAGUGAUCUACGCCUUCCUAGUGCUAAGUUUUGUCUACGUUCUAAUUAUAUUUGAGCUAGUCCACAGAACCCUGGCAGCCAUGUUAGGAGCAUUAGCCGCCCUUGCUGUAUUGUCUGCUCUGAACGAGAGGCCAAGUCUGGAAGUCAUCAUCAGUUGGAUAGACAUGGAGACAUUAAGUCUGCUGUUUGGUAUGAUGAUUCUUGUGGCCAUACUGUCGGAAACUGGUUUCUUCGACUACUCUGCACUCAAGGCCUACAAAAUAGCCAAAGGUAAAAUUUGGCCUCUUGUAACAUUGUUAUGUGUCUUUAGUGCCAUUGUGUCGUCCUUUCUAGACAACGUGACCACCAUACUUCUGCUGACUCCAGUAACUAUCAGGUUAUGCGAGGUUCUAAAUUUGGAUCCACGUCGCAUUCUGAUUGCUGAAGUUCUUUUCUCUAACAUUGGGGGGACAGCAACUGCGAUUGGGGAUCCUCCUAAUGUCAUCAUUGUGGGAGCUCUGAGUUCAAAGGGCAUCUCCUUCUCUGUGUUCACUAUGCACAUGUUCCCAGGCAUUGUCUUUGUCAGUCUAGCAGGCUAUGGUCUGCUGCGUUUGUAUUAUAGACAGAUUGACAGACUCAAAAACAAGGAUCCCCAAGACAUAGCGGAAAUGAAGCACGAGAUUGCUAUGUGGAGAAAAGCUGCAAUGAGGCUGCAGGUCAUCACUAGAGAGGAGACUGUCAUGAGAGCGUUGUUCCUUCAGAAAGCACUCCAGAUCGAGCACACCAUGAAUAAGAUCAUCUUUAAAGGAAGAAAAUGUCUGGAAGAUGAUAAAAAAGAAACACUGAGAAAGUUAGAGAGUCAGUACGUGAUCAAGGACUACACUAUGCUGUUAAAAAGUAGCAUCGUGCUGUUGGCUGUCAUCAUCUUGCUGUUUAUCUACUCCUUCGUCAGUGCCCUUCACCUGGACAUUGGGUGGAUUGCAGUACUGGGCGCCUUGUGGCUUCUGGUGUUGGCCGAUGUGAGCGACAUGGACAGAAUACUACAUAAAGUGGAGUGGAGUACUCUGCUUUUCUUUGCUGCUCUGUUUAUAUUGAUGGAGGCCCUGUCAGAGCUCGGGAUGAUCACUACAAUAGGUGACGUGAUUGCAGAGAUUAUCAAGUCAGUUGGUCCAGAACACCGGCUACUUCUGGCCAUCGUGGUCAUCACUUGGAUCUCUGCGAUAGCGUCCAGCUUUAUAGACAACAUUCCUUACACCACUGCUAUGGUGCCUGUCCUGCAACAUUUGAGUGAAGACAAAGAUCUACAACUUCCGUUAAUCCCUUUAGUUACCUCUCUUGCUUUUGGCGCAUGUCUUGGAGGCAAUGGUACCCUGAUCGGUGCCUCGUGCAAUGUCGUCUGCGCUGGAAUUGCAGAACAACACGGCUACGGCUUUACUUUCUGGGAGUUUUUCAAAAUUGGUUUCCCCAUGAUGCUAGUGACCACACUAGCUGCCACCUGUUAUAUUUUAUUGUGCCACAGUGUCAUUCACUGGAACAACGUGUGACAGAUGGCACUCAGUCCGUUCUGCAGAUAGUAUUGACUGUGAUGACAUGCAUAGCAACCGUUGUGUUGUGGUUGUUUUUCUCAACACUUGAAUCCAGGCUCCAGUUAUGAAAACAUUGUAGAUUUCGUAGAUACGAAAUUAAUAGUCCAUUCAUUCCAAUGUCUCGAUGUAUAGACCAACUUAUGUUUCAAGGGAACAGGACAAAGACUCUUGUAUGGACCCAAGGAAAACAGGAAUUACAUUUUCCUUCUGUUAUGCAAAUGUAUUUUUGAAAAAAAAAAACAAAAAACAUGAACAUGAUAUUCGUUCAUUUCAUACAUUUCCAUUUUUUGCCCAAAUACUUUUUGCCGAUACUUUAAUGUAGAUACGUGCUUAAUUCAAUGUAUUUUGUAGGCUAAAAAGAUGAUAUUAAUUUAAAGCUCUCUCGCAAUCUUUUGUGUUCAUGUUUACAUCGGUAUCCACACUUUUGUAACUCACGUUUUUCAUCAAUGACUUGUUAUAAAACUUUGUGAACAUAUUUAUUCCUUGACUUUUUGGCAUUAACGAUUAUUUCUGUACUCAUAGUCACAUUCUCCCAUAGUCACAUUCUCCCAUAAUCACAUUCUCCCAUAGUCACAUUUUUCCCAUAGUCACAUUCUCCCAUAAUCACAUUCUCCAAUAGUCACAUUCUCCCAUAAUCACAUUCACUCGUAUUUUUUUAAAUAUGUGUUGCUAUUUUUUGUUUAUUUUCAAAGUCACAAUAUUUGCUUAACAAUUUCACUGAAGUUAACAAGAAAUGCCUACAUGACAUAGGGUUUCAUUUUAUGUGCGGCGCUGCGUGCUAUGUACUGGAGGCAUCUAGAGAAAGUAACGAUUAUAUGGCUAGAGCCCGUAACUCCAUAUCAACUCCAUAUCGCGGUUACCUCAUAGCACAACGUGGCGACGAGCUAUUGGUCUCCACUACCCACAGGUUGCGACGUAGCAGGUAAGAGGUGAGGCCUACUAGAACUAAUGUUCUCGAUUGAUUGGUAUCUGAUUGUACUGUCUACACUCGGAUGACCACAAAAAAACUGAGGCACUGUCUAAACCUACAUUGAUUUGUCUUUCUUUCAAUUAUUUCAGCAGUCAAACUAUCUUACAUGUCUCAUUGAACCUUCACCUCCACAAAGUAAAAUAAAAAAACACUUUCAACAAUAUCAAAUGAUUGACGAAACAAUGAAAUAAAAAAUUGACACUGAAUACUAAUA